UUACCGUACGUGACCGGAGACAGCAUUCGUGUCGAAGUAUCAGACGCGUUCGUUUGUUGAUUACAUUACCAAAUUAUUAUAUAUUAAUUAACGCAACCAUCAUUUAAAACUAUAUUUUUAGCGUACAGUGAUAACUUUUCUACAAAAACAUGGCAGAAGUAACUCCAAAAACAACUUCAGAAACAACUUCAGAAACAACUUCAGAAGUGACUCCAAAUGAACUCACUCAAUUAAAAGUCAUCGAACGUGUGAAAGAAUUACCUAUUAUUGAAAUGGCAAUCAACAAAUCCGCGGAAACCUAUUCCAAAGUGAAAGAUUCAAAUCAGUUGGUAAAUUGGGCGCUCAGUACUGCUGAGUCGUCUCUAAACACUGCAAAAAAACAUGCGAUGCCCAUCGCAGUACCCAUCGCGAAAAAAUUUGAAUACCCUAUAGGUUUUGUCGAUAAUACAUUAUGUCUUGGCCUCGAUAAAAUCGAAGAAAAAGUUCCGUUGGUGAAGGAACAGCCCGCACAGAUUUUAGAGAAGGCCGUAUCACGCAUCUCGUACGUGAACGACUUGAUUAUCGCGCAAGCGACAAAUUUGCGAGAUUUCAGCUGGAGUACAGCCAAUCAUUUACUCGAGACACCUUACGGCAUUGUAGCUGUAAAAGGUGUAGAAGGCACGGCUUUUAUUGUUGAUAAGCUCAUUGACAAAUAUUUCCCUCCAACAGAAGAAGAAGAAGAAGAAGCAAAAGAAAAGGAAACGACAGAAAUCAAAACAGAUGAGGAGGAUAAACUGUUACGUACUUUACAAACAGUCGGUCACUUGUCUAAUAAAGCUGCUCGACGCGUAUAUACACACGUUAUAUAUCAAUUACACAUUCUUAAGGAGAGUUCAUUAACACUUUAUGUCAACAGUUUAGUUGAGUUUCUUCAUCUCACAAAAUAUCUCUACACAAUGACUGAAAAAGCUGAAAAAAAUGAAAAAGAAAAAGAAAAGGAAAAAGAAAAAAUACAUGUAAAUGGUGAAAAAAAAGAAGAAUCACAGAAAAAGCAAGAAAACGAAGAAGAACGAGACACAAAAAAAGAAGAUGCUGAAAAGGAAAAGAACGAGUAAAAGCAUUUUUAUUUGUUUAUUUUAUUUUUAGCAAAUUUUUGUCAUGCAUAGUCAUUUACAUCUUAAAGAUGGAUACUGUUUAUAUUUAUCAUUGGAAAUAAAUAUUAUUUAUAAAUUAUUA